UAUUUCAAAUCUUGAAACUAAAGGUAGUCAAAGUCAAACUAAAUCACAAAAGAUUUACUAGGGUUACUCGAGUGCUAUAAAUCUGUAACUAAAUCUCAACAAACAAACAUUAGUAAACUCAAUCAAGCUAAGGCUUGAUUCUCUUCUCGUCUUCAUCAUCAUGAAUGCAAAGAAGCCAUCAAGGGAAGAAUCCAUAUUCUUAGCAAAGGCAGCACAAGCUGCAGAGAGAUACAAGGAUAUGGUGGACUUCAUGAAGACUCUAGUCCUUUCGAUCACUCCAGCUGACGAGCUUACGGAGGAAGAAAGAAAUCUUGUAUCGUCAGCUUACAAGAACAUGAUCGGUCCUCUUCGCACGGGGUGGUGCAUUGUUUCGGCAAUCGAGAAUAAAGAAAACAGCAGCGAAGACGAGAAGCGCGCUGACAUGGCCAGGGCAUAUAAGUUGGAUUUGGAGUCCAAGAUGUCAGGCGUGUGCAAUGAUAUUCUUGGACUCCUGGAGUCCAACUUGCUGCCCUCGGCCGCAGCUAGCCACUCUAGGGUUUUUUAUUUGAAGAUGAAAGGUGACUAUAUUAGAUACUUGUUGAAGUUUGCGGUUGGCGAUGAUAGAAAGAGAUCUGCUGAUGCGGCCAUGGAGGCUUAUACGGCGGCUCAGGAUAUUGCUGUAGUGGAUCUUCCGCCUUCUAGUCCAAUAAGAUUAGGUCUCAUUCUCAACUUCUCAGUGUUCUGCCAUGAAAUCCUCAAUGAGCCUGAUAAAGCUUGUGACAUGGCUAAACAGGGUAUUGAAGAAGCAAUUGCAGAAAUAAAAACAUUAGAAAAGCCGCCAAACAAAGAUACCACUCUUAUAAUUCAACUCUUAAGAGAUAAUCUCUCCGGUUGGACCACUGAGGACAAAAUUGAAGAUCUCAUCGCCAAUUUUCUGAAAUAAUCAUAUAUGGGUCUACAAAUGAAAAUUUAUAUUCAUGGUUAGAUUUUAA